AUGGCUGGAAGGAGCUCGGCGCCAAGCACCGGCGUCUCCUUCUCGCUCGCGGGGCGCAACGAGCAGGGGCGCCGUGCUCAGGCGCGCGUGGCACUGUUUGAAGAAGAGGAAGAGGACGACGAAAAGCCGCGCGAUGUGCCGCUCGGCGUGAAAAGGAAGCGCCACGAGCCACGCGAAGCCAAUGUUCCCCGCGUGAUUCCCAUGCAGACGCACACCGACUGGCGCGAGGACCGCAAGAAGCGCCUGGGACUAUUGGACCGCCAUGCAUCUGAACUGGGAUCGCUUGCAUCGAUGCGACGCCCAGGGCAGGAGGGCAAGGCGCCAGUGCGCGGAGAUGCCACAGACAAUGCACCGGAGCGUGCUUUUACCGAGCCACAGCAGCACGGGCUCGUUGUAAAACGCACCGAGACUCCCGAGGAGGGGGAGGAGGUACCUAUGGAGCGUGAUACGACGCCACCGGCACACGAGACUGCGCCUACGCCUCCGCACGAGCCCGAGACCGACGAGGCAGCGGCGAUUCGCGAGCUGGUCGCUGGCGCUCAAGGCAAGCGACGAGGCGGCGGAGACCGCGUUAUUUCACAGCCGCCGGAAGAGGAAAUGCUGCAGCACGAUGUGGAUACGCGCCCGGACGCACCGACGCUCGACGACUACUCGACGAUGCCGAUUGAAGAGUUUGGCGCUGCAAUGCUGCGCGGUAUGGGCUGGAAGGAUGGGUCAGGCGUCGGCAAGUCACGCAGCGGGCCAACAAAGGCGCCCGAGGUUCAGAAACGUGCGGUGCUUCUUGGACUAGGCGCCAAAGAGCGCCAGGUUCCGUCGGCAUCCAAGCGACCGGAACGCCGCCGCGACGACCGCAAGUACACGCCGGUCCCGUGGCAGUCCUCGGGAUGA